CCUCCCCUCUCCCCCCUCCUCUCCUCCAUGACCGGCCAGAACGCGGGCCCCGUGCGCCUCCUCCUCCGCGCUCCACCCCAUCUCCCCUUCGUCCAGAGCUACCCAGGUAUCAUCCCCGGCGGUGGUCGCCCCGCCGCCACCGUACAGGGCACAGUCGAGGUCCGCACCUCGGCCGUCAAGGCCAAAUGGGUUCGCGUCGAGAUCAGGAAGCAUGAGAGCGUACCCUCCAGCGUUAUCGGCAAAGGCUCAGGCCAGAGCUCAACCGUCCACGUCGGCUCCCCCCAUCUGCUGUGGAAGCCUCCCGAGGGCAAGGAGUUCGACACGCUCAGCACCGCCGACUUUCGCUUUUGCAUUCCGUUCCCAGGCGAUGCCCCUCCCACCACCGAGCUGAGGGGGUGCAAGAUCUCAUACGAGCUCAUUGCCGCCGUCUGUUACAAAGGAAAGGGUGGUCUCUUCAAGAAGGACUCGUCCUCCAUCGCCACGGUCAAUGAGCCCAUUAGCAUUAUCAAGUAUGAGCUGGCCAGCGCCUGGCCCGCCUACAACCAGCUCGAGCAGCGGACUGCCAGUGCUCUCAACGGCGCCGUGAGCCUCGUCGUCGACAGGCCGAUCCAAGCCUUUGGACCUGGCGACCGCAUCGUCGUGACCGCUACAAUGAAGAGCGAGGCGCAGAAUCAAUUCCGUCUCAAAGGCUUUGAGAUGGCCCUCGUCGAGAUACUCACCGUUCAUCCACCCAAACCAGACCCCAAGAAGAAGGCUAAGCCCCCCUCACCCCCAGUCAUCAGGCGGCAGCCCGUGUGCACCACCCGCGUCGUCGCCGACGGCCAGGUGAUCCCGGGCGGCGAGCGCGGCGCAAGACUCGAUCUCGUUGUGCCCCAGGACAGGCAACUAUUGACUGUGCGCGGCGCCAAAGAGUUUCAAGUCGAAUACGAGCUCGUCGUCGAGGCCACAUGUGACGGCGGACCAAGCAAGGUCCUUCUCGGCGGCCUUCAAUGUAUUAUUGGGACGUUCGCGCGCUCCUCCGCGCAGACCGCAGUCAAAGAAAUUGGCUUCGUGCAAGGUCUCUGCCCUAGACCCCCACCGGGCACCGGCCAUCAGCCCUCCUCAUCCAUCCCGGGUUCCGUGACGGGUAGCUCGAAGACGGGGUCACAGGACAACCACCACCCCGCUCUCACUCCGCCGCUUCGAGGUCACCAAACAAGCAUGUCAGCCGACGGCUUCCUCACCGCUGAGCCCUCGUCAUACUUUAGGCCCCUAUCAAUGAACCCGCCACCAAAGGUGUUCAACACGCCGUCCCCGCCGCCCCCCCUGCCGCCGCUCCAGCAAGGAUACCAGGUGCCGCCGCUGACGUACCAGCAGCCGCCUUACCAGCAGCAGCAACCGCCUUACCAACAGCAGCAACCGCCUUACCAACAACAGCAGCAACCUGCCGAUCAUCAGCAGCAGCUGCAGACACCAUUUGAGCAGCAGCCGCCAUAUCAACAGCAGCAGCAGCAGCAGCCCAAUGCCUAUCAGCCUCAGAUUCCUGUUGGGCAACAGUGGCCAAUGCAAGGCUUCGUGCCGCGGCAAACAGAAUGGCGACGAACUUCAUCUGGCACAACGACCACCACUACAACCACGUUCACGGACCAUGGCCCCAUCCCCGAGCGCAACGUCGCGACCAUGCCCGCGCGCCUUAGUCAGAACUAUCCGUCCACUCCUCCGCACCGCGUUUCCGACGCCGCCUUUGGCCCGUUGGAGGAGGAGUCUCUGUAUGAGCGCCCACAAUCUGAGAUUUCCAAUAAUCGCUUCUCCGCCGCCUCACCGGGCACUGGCACGUUUGGGCAAUGGAACUUGGCAGCCGUCGACCGCACUGUUCACUCGUCCUCGCCUACUACAACCAUGACAACGGUGGAUGACACCUCGGUCAACCAGCAUACGGCGCGGCCCGAGAGCGUCAACUCCACUCCGACGCGGGCGGCACCGGGAUGGAGUACAGCCGCCAACGAAAAGCGGCGCCUCUAUGAGGAAGCUCGAAACCGCGCCGCCAACACUCAGGCCAUGCAUGGUACGGUUUUGUCUAGUAUCGGAAUGGAGGCAGACGGCUCUACCGCACCACCAGAGUACACGCCGCCGCCCCAGUCGGCUACUCCGAUUCGGAAUAUACAGGCCCAGUCGCCCUUGCACGACAGCCCGCAGUCGAUACACUCGGGCCACCAGCCACAUCAAACCAUCAGAGUUUUGACAGCUCCGAGCCCUCCCGUCCAGACCAACGGCUCGGCCGCCCCGGCGCCGCCAUCGGAGGACCCUAUCCCGUAUGAGGCGCUUUUCGCCUCAUCUAGCUCACCUGGCCCGUCGACCGACAAAGCUCCCGCCCCGUUGAGCCGAAGAUCAUCACCGGCUGCGUAUAUGACUGCGACCCAGGAAAAAGACCUUAUGCGACAGCGGUACGAGGAAGCCCAGGCUGGCGUUUCGCGCUACUCUGCUCUACCUAACGGGCACUCGCCGCCGCCAUCGUCCACCCAGAGUCCACACAGCGUUCAGCAGCAGUUCACUGGCACGGGUGCCGAGGGAGACGCGACGAGGAGGCAGUCUGAGGAAAGGGCCAGGGGCAACAGAUCGGUGAGCGUAACCGCUGCCACUGUCCCGAGCCCCGGAGCGUCGUCUCAGGCGUCGCCCAGGUCUCCGCAGAUGCAGCAGGCGUACAUGUCUGCUGCAGAAGAGAAGGCUUUGAUGCGCAAGCGAUACGAGGAGGCCACCAAUGCCGUCAAUCGCGCGGCCGCCCCUGGAUCGCCCAUCCCCAGCACGUCCACUCAACCUGGACCGGCCAAUUCCGGCUCACUCCAGGCCGCUCCUCAGACCAUCCCCGCCGCUUACAUGACGGCAGCCGAGGAGAAGGAGAUGAUGCGCAAACGGUAUGAGGAAGCUACGGGCGCCGUAAACCGCGCCGCCAACAGCGGACCAUCAUCCCAAGCGAGCCCAACAACGCCACAGACAUCCACCAUGGCGCAGGUCUCAAGCAUUGGGCAUUCUUCCACUGUACCGCAGUCCCAGAGAGGCCCUUCCACCGCAUCACCAACAUUGCCAGCGGCGUACAUGAGCGCAGCUGAAGAGAAGGAGGUGAUGCGCCGGCGCUUUGAGGAGGCAACAAGUGCCGUCAACCGCGCCGCGGCGACGUCAUCUGGCGCUGGCCCCUCUAGCUCGGUUGUCCAAACAAGUCCCCAAUCGAAUACCCAACAUCGUUCCUCAACCCCUGCGGCUUAUAUGACUGCGGCGGAUGAAAAGGAGAUGAUGCGCAAGCGUUAUGAGCAUGCGACUAGCGCGGUCAACCGUGCAAAUCAGUCGUCGCCGUUGUCGAGUCCGCAGCGAGCUCAAUCGAUGUACUCGCAGCAGCAAGCUGGCGCCACCGCUGCAUCGUCAUCCUCCACGGGGCCAUCAAACAUACCGGCGGUAUACAUGAGUGCAACACAGGAGAAGGAGAUGAUGCGGAAACGGUACGAGGAGGCUACGAGCGCGGUUGCCCGAGCAGCGGAGGCUGGUCCUUCGUCUGCCCCAGUUGCAGCCGAGCCCUCGUCUUCCUUCACUACUGCUGCUGCACUGCCGCCACCAUCGGACCAGCCGAUUCCAUAUGACCAGCUGUUCGGUCCGCCCCCUGCGGGUGCAUUGGGACCCUCGGGUUCGUCGUCGUCAUCGCAAGGGCCACAAGCGUCGGUACCGGGGUCGGCUGAGAAUGGUGGGAUGCGGGAGUGGGGAUUGAGAGACGAGGAGGCGACGAUGAAGGGAGGGCACGGAGGGUCGCGGUCAAGCAUGGGAGCAAGCGCACCGCAGCGGUCAAUGACGCUACGGGAGCGAAUGAUGUCUGCGCUGCCGGACGGACCGCCGCCGCCACUUGCGCCUCGACCACCGCGUGAGUAUGUGGAGAUGCUGCAGCACCGGAAUGCAUAGGCCUUGUAGAGGAGAGAGGAUGAGUAGUAGUAGUAUUAGCUUUAAUGAUGGAUGGUGAUCGACGGCGG